AGUCUUUUAACAUUCCCUGAAUGCCAUAACAAUUAAAUUUUAGUUGUUAUUCAUCAUUGUGAUGGUCAGGCUGAAGAUGUGCUCCCAAAUUAAGAGUUUAUUUCUUUUUAUUUGUGUAAUAGAAGUUAAUGGCAAAUUCUACAAAGAAAAUGUGACAAAUUACAACGAUUGUAAAAUUUACUACACACGCUUCGAGGGUGGAUACAACACAUUUUUCGAUCUGGCCGAAUCGGAAGAUCCGGAAUUGCUGGUCGAUUUGCAUAUUGCCGUGUUGGCCGUCAGCGAAGCUCAUAUUUUGCUCGCCACUUCUGCUGAUGUAAAGGCGAAUGAUCCAGCAUAUGAAAUCGUUAUCGGCGCUGGCGGUAACACAUUCUCGGAUAUUCGCCGAAAACAAAAAGCCAGUGUGAGAGUUUCGUAUAGAAAGAAAGGACUUUUAUCGGCUGUAGAUAUUACCGGGUUCUGGAUACACAUUUAUCGAAAUGGAUUAAUUGACGUUGGGAAAGAUGGUGAAGAAGUUGCUUUCAUGUCCUGGCAAGAUACAGAAUUGUUACCGGUUACCGUGUUCACUUUAGCUGGAUGGAGAAAUGUAGAAAUCAAAUGGUUUUACGAUUGCCCUCGACCGAAUGCGAAUGUUACUGAUACGAAAAAACGCUUUUCAACAGAAAUCGACAGAUUAAGGGAGGAUGUUUUGAAUAUAAAAGAAUCACAUAACGACAAUGUCAAAGUAAACAUACAGUUAACAUCACAGUAUGUUUCAUUGGAUGAGAAACAAUCAAUUCUCAAUUUGAAAGGGCGAGCUAACUUUUCAUGGAAUUUUAAUCCCAUCAGAUGGAAUCCGGAAAACUACAGCAAUAUAAAGACAGUUCUACUGCAACAUAACGAAAUAUGGAAACCGGAAAUCACUGUCAGCAAUGGAAUUGAUUUAGAUCAUCUCCAGCCAUUCAUAGGCAACACAUUAAUUGCAAAUCACGAUGGGCAAAUAUUGUGGCAGCCAUCUUUCGAUAUCUCAACGUUUUGCAGCCUAAACGGCAUAGAAAACUGGCCAAAUGAUGUCCAUGAAUGCGAGAUUUAUCUUAGCACACCAUUCUGGCAAAAUAAUUACGUACGGUUUGCUAUAACAGCGCCCAGUGAUACUAUACAAUUAACUGCAAAUAACUACGAUUCCGAGUGGUAUAUUGAAGAAGGACCAAAUAUCCACAUAUAUCAAUUAUCCAAUCCAAAGAAUUCGCCUGAUAUUUACAUAAGAAUGCCACAAUCGUUAAAAUUACGGAUUACAAUCAAACGGAGAACAAGUCUGUAUGAAACGGCAUUCAAAACACCAUUAUUGAUUAUCACAGUUAUGAUGUUGAUGAAUUUCUGGUGUUCGCCGUUUGAUUACAUGAAAGUAUCCAUUAUUGCAGCGCAGUUUCUAUUAACAAGUAUGGCGUCCAUUGGGCUGGCUAUUGUUUUACCAGGGCAUCGAGAAAUUAUUCCUAUUAUCGUCUAUCGAUACAGUGCUGUUAUGCUCGCAAAUAUCCUCAACUUGAUAAUCAGUGUGAUUGUUAUCAAUUUGUCAAGAAACAAGCAAUUGUUUGAACCAGCACAUAUAAUCGGGCGUAUUGUGAAGAGUAAACUCGUCGAAAAGCUACUGUUAUUACCAGAAUUAGCACCGCAAGUGUCAUGCGCAUAUCCAGCCGCAAUGGAAACAACCCGACGCAGGACACGUGUGCAGGACGUCUGGAUCAGGCUGGGAAUGUGCAUCGAUCGCCUCGCAUUCAUCAUUUACCUCAUGCUGACAAUCACAUCAUUCUUCACUAAAUAACACUAGAAAUGCAUUACUUUUUGCUUGAUUAAUCAAUUAGUAAUAUAAUAUAUGCAUUAUAAAUAUUUCUAUGUAUAAACAAGUAACUACAUCGGAUACAAUAAGGAAUUAUUGCGUUUCUCAACCAAAUGUACCGAAUUAUUAUAUCGAACACAAAACGUUCGCGAGUAUUAAUUAUCUCCUCAUUUUUACUCCUGUUUAUAUAUUAUUAGUAUUAUUAUACAUAUGAAUUAAAUUGUUAAAGGACGAA